AUGGCACGCGUAAAGAUGGGUCUCCUCGCUCUCCUCUGCCUCCCCACGUUUCUCUCCCUUGCCCUCGGCAGCAGCAUGUAUGAGCGCUCGGUGGUCCCCCGCGCCGUGUCUCGCUCCGUGGCCCGCAUGGACGGGGACGUGAUCAUCGGUGCGCUCUUCUCCGUGCACCACCAGCCGUCCGCGGAGAGGGUGGCCGACCGCAAGUGCGGGGACGUCCGCGAGCAGUACGGCAUCCAGAGGGUGGAAGCCAUGUUCCACACGCUGGACCGCAUCAACACCGACCCCAACUUGCUCCCCAACAUCAGCCUGGGCUGUGAGAUCCGGGACUCCUGCUGGCACUCCUCCGUGGCCCUGGAGCAGAGCAUCGAGUUCAUCCGGGACUCCCUCAUCUCUAUCCGGGACGACAAGGACGGGUCCAAGUGGUGCAUUGAUGGUACCCCGUCCAACCAGCCUCCGCCCACCAAGAAGCCCAUCGCAGGGGUGAUCGGACCUGGAUCCAGCUCUGUGGCUAUUCAGGUGCAGAACCUGCUGCAGCUCUUCAACAUCCCGCAGAUCGCCUACUCUGCCACCAGCACCGACCUGAGUGACAAGACGCUGUUCAAGUACUUCCUGAGGGUCGUGCCCUCAGACGUCCUGCAGGCCCGGGCCAUGCUGGACAUUGUCAAGCGAUACAACUGGACCUAUGUGUCUGCGGUGCACACUGAGGGGAACUACGGGGAGAGCGGCAUGGAGGCCUUCAAGGAGCUGGCCUCUCUGGAAGGCUUAUGCAUCGCCCACUCGGACAAGAUCUACAGUAACGCAGGGGAGAAGCACUUUGAUCGCCUUUUGAGGAAACUGCGGGAGCGUCUGCCCAAAGCUCGCGUGGUGGUGUGUUUCUGCGAGGGCAUGACUGUCCGAGGCCUCCUGAUGGCCAUGAGGCGACUGGGGGUGUUUGGGGAGUUCCUCCUCAUUGGCAGUGAUGGAUGGGCGGACCGCUACGAGGUUGUCGAGGGUUUCGAGCACGAGGCAGAGGGAGGAAUCACCAUGAAGCUGCAAUCGGAGGUGGUCAAGACCUUUGACGACUACUACCUGAAACUGCGGCUGGACACCAACACCAGGAACCCCUGGUUCUCUGAGUUCUGGCAGUAUCGUUUCCAGUGCCGCCUGCCGGGUCAUCCACAGGAGAACAAGAACUACAAGAAAGUCUGCUCCGGAAAUGAAAGCCUGCAAGAAAACUAUGUUCAAGAUAGUAAGAUGGGCUUUGUCAUCAACGCCAUCUACGCCAUGGCUCAUGGACUCCACGACAUGCACAUGGAGCUGUGCCCGGGACAGCCCGGACUCUGUGAGGCCAUGGACCCCAUCGACGGCAGCAAGUUGCUGGACUACCUCUUAAAGACGUCCUUCAAAGGAGUCUCAGGGGAGGACAUUUAUUUUGAUGAAAAUGGAGACACCCCAGGAAGAUACGACAUCAUGAAUCUGCAGAAUGUGGGCGACGAGCGCUACGACUACCUAAACGUGGGCUCCUGGCACGAGGGCAUCUUGAACAUCGACGACAGCAUGCUGUGGAUCAACAGCAGCGACACGGUCCGCUCCGUAUGCAGCGAGCCGUGCUCCAGGGGACAGAUCAAAGUGAUUAGGAAGGGCGAGGUGAGCUGCUGCUGGAUCUGCACCACAUGCAAGGAUAAUGAGAUCGUCCAGGAUGAGUUUACCUGCAAGGCAUGUGAUCUGGGAUGGUGGCCCGAUGAGGAACUGGCAGGCUGUCAGCCCCUGCCUCUGAGGUACCUCGACUGGUCCGACGUGGAAUCCAUCGUCGCUGUGGCUUUCUCCUGUGUUGGCAUCCUAAUCACCUCCUUUGUCACCUUUGUGUUCAUCCAGUACCGUGAUACACCUGUGGUUAAGUCCUCUAGUAGGGAACUCUGCUAUAUCAUCUUGGCAGGCAUCUUCCUGGGCUACAUCUGUCCUUUCACAUUAAUCGCCUACCCUACGGUGGCCUCCUGCUACUUGCAGCGGCUCCUGGUGGGUCUUUCCUCCGCCAUGUGCUACUCCGCCCUGGUGACCAAAACAAACCGCAUUGCCCGCAUUCUGGCCGGCAGCAAGAAAAAGAUCUGCACCAAAAAGCCUCGUUUCAUGAGCGCCUGGGCCCAGGUGGUCAUCGCCUUCAUGCUCAUCAGUGUGCAGCUAACUCUGGAGAUCACACUCAUCAUUCUGGAGCCUCCAUUGCCCGUCAAGUCGUACCCAAGCAUAAGUGAGGUGUUCCUCAUCUGUAAUACCAGUACCGUAGGCAUGGUGGCGCCACUGGGCUACAACGGCCUACUUAUCAUGAGCUGCACCUACUAUGCCUUCAAGACGCGGAACGUGCCAGCCAACUUUAACGAGGCUAAAUACAUUGCCUUUACAAUGUACACUACCUGCAUCAUCUGGUUGGCCUUCGUGCCCAUCUACUUUGGCUCCAACUACAAGAUCAUCACCACGUCCUUCUCUGUCAGCCUGAGUGUGACAGUGGCGCUGGGGUGCAUGUUUACCCCCAAGAUGUACAUUAUCAUUGCCAAACCAGAGAGGAACGUCCGAAGCGCCUUCACCACGUCCGACGUGGUGCGAAUGCACGUCGGGGACGGCAAGUCGGCUCAAUGCGGAACUAACAGCUUCCUCAACAUUUUCCGGCGGAAGAAGCCCAGCACUGGAAACGCUAAUUCUAAUGGCAAGUCUGUGUCAUGGUCUGAAUCAGGUGCAAGACACCCUCCGAGGGGGGGGAAUGUGUGGCACAGACUGUCUGUGCAUGUGAGGAAACAGGAAGCCGGCUUGAAUCAGAUGGCGGUCAUCAGGCCCCUAACUAACACCCCCGACCCCCACAGUUGCAAGCCCUCCGCCCGCGACCUCGGGACAGACCCGCAUCCCCCCCAAGAACCACCUGGUGCUAAGCCUCUGUACAACCUGACAGAGGAGGACGACGAGGGCGACCUGCAGCGCCCCCUCUGGACCCCGACUUGCUCUGGACAGACGCAAAGGCUGGAGUCGGAUUUAGAUAGGCCGGCUUCUUAUUUGCCCCCUCCCUUGGCGAGCCGCACCUCAGACCGCUUGCAAGGGGCUGUGGUGGACACACACAGCUCCAAUGUCCCUGCGCUGAAGGAUCACUCCCCCGCCAACGAGCCUUUGAGCUUGACACCCUCUCACCUUCCUCUGGUCCCACAUCUGGGGGCGUUUGACGAGCACGGACCCGAGGACGAGGACCUGGACCUCUUGCACAGCUAUAUUUAUAAUGCCAAGGGGGAGGAGGAGUACGGGGAGGAUGUAACUCACAACAAGCCGACUCUGGAGGAUUCCUUUGCACUAUCUCCUCCCUCCCCCUUCAGAGACUCUGUGUGUUCGGGGGAGUCCGUCAGCGGCUCCCCCGUCACUGAGUCUAUGCUCGGGAGUCCCCCGAGCUCCGUCUACACCUCAAACAUGCUCCCAGACUUUGCACACAGCUCCUCAACACUGUGAGAGCAAAACAGGCACUCACACGGUGGCUGUCAGCACAAUUAUACAUCACACAGACAGGAAUUUACAAACACACACACACACACCCACAUACAGAUAAAGAUACACGCAACAUGAUUUACCUAUCAAAACGUAUAUUUUUUGCUCUGUCAUUUGCUUGCUAGUAUUUAUUACUCUGCUUUUUAUGAGUUAGGGGUUAAGCCAAACUACAAGUCGAAAACACUAGGAAUCAUCCAUGAGUGCUUACAUUUCUGAAGGGCUGUCCGUGCACAAAGCCUUUCUGUGAAACGUUAAACUGAGAACAGUGCCAAAACUUAUCAGCUCUCAUGCCAAACCUCUGUAUGAUUUACGCAACACUGGGAAUUAUAGUUAAAAAAGCUGUGGUUUCCAUGGUGGCAGUGCAAUCAAUUGGUCUGUAACGACAUAUGUAAAGCAAGGCCUACUUGUGUGUACAGUACAUGUGUGCACACGUGCAUCAUAAGACACAACCAGAGAGCAAACUGGCUGUAUAAGGACUGCAGUAGCUGAAGUGCAUUUCAUGUUCAUGAGCGUUGGGGUCGCAGCUUCAUCGGAUAACGAUUUGCUCUCCGACCUUGUUUUUCAUUAACGAGUUUUCUCUCAUCAGACCUCGCCGCAGCUUAAAUAUCACAAAGAGGUAGUUUAACUUGAAAAGUGAAGUAAGCUGGUUAGAUUUUACUUUAAUGUGUUGCAAGGUGUGCUCUGCAUCACCGAAGACGUGCGCUGUACGAUACGUGACAUGGAUACAAUGUGCCAAUCGAGAAAAGAAAAUAAUGUUAUCAACCUACAUCCCUGCUUUUUGGAUUUUUUCUUUUUUUUUUUUACGAUGUAGCUGAUACAGGUUAGCGUGAUUGUAGAUGAUGGCGAUGUUGUUUAUUCAGUUUACACUCGAUCGUGACCCUGAGAACAAGUUUUCUGAGCAUGGGAUGUGAUAAAAGUGAGUUUGCUGUGUCAUUGUAAUGGAAAACACAGUACUUGUACAAGUUCUCAAAGUUUGUAAUACUGUUAAAACCAUCUCUUGUUUUUUCACACAGGUGGUAUGUUUGUAAUACUGAUAAAUGUUUCUAUAUUUAGAAUGUCAACUGAAAAAAAAGAGUUUAUACAUUUUGAAGCUGUCCUCAGAUACUUGUCAAGGAGCAGUGUGUUUGGUUUUUGGGUAACUUUUAAGCUUAACUUGAGUCGACUGUAUCCUCUUGAAAAUAUUCAGUUGUUAAAGUAACCAAUGAUUAGUUGCUUCUUGUAAUGACAUUAUACAUGUUUCGAAUUUUUUGCUUAAAUCUUGCAUUA